AUGUCAGCCGGAAACUCCAAGUUAAUUCUCUCCCGUGGCUGGCCUGAAAAGGGAGUAUACAGCUGGUCGCCCUUCGUGACGAAGGUCGAAUUCCGCUUUCGACAUGCUGGCCUGGCUUACGAUGUCGAAGCAGGGUCAGCAAAAGUUGCGCCAAAGGGUAAAAUUCCAUACGUGGAUCUCGGUCCUCUGCAGAACGAUGGCCACAACGGACCCUCUCUCUUGGGAGACUCGACGUUGAUCAUCCAGAGGCUACUGAGCAUGGGCUGUAUUCCAGAUCUGAAUGGGAGCUUGUCGGAGCAAUUGAAGCUAGACGAUCUUGGUCUUCGUGCCCUGCUGGAAGAUAAGCUGUAUUUCUACCACAUGCGCGAGCGUUGGCUCGAAAAUUUCUAUGUCCAAAGAGACAAAGCCCUGUGGUCGAUGCCGUUUCCAGUGCGCGUCCUUGUUGGGUUUCUCAUUUAUCGAGGUGUGACGCAAACAUUGCAUGGUCAAGGAGUGGGACGCCUGACCAACGACGAGGUGCGAGAUUUGAAGACGGAGAUCUGGCGAUCGAUCAACCAAGUCCUUAGCAUUCGUCUGCGGCAGGUUUCAGCUGAUGACGAACCUGUCUGGCUGCUUGGGGGCGAGCAGCCAUCGGAGGCCGACGCGACGUUGUUCGGCUUCAUAGUGUCUGUUCUUGUCAGUGACAGCGCUCCAGAGUCAAAGACACUCGUAAAAAGUUUUGCGAGUGUCAUCAAGUAUGCGGAAAGAAUUCACAGCCUCUACUUCCCAGAGUAUGAGAAGUGGACUUGA